AUGAGAAAAAACCCCUGCUGCAGCCCUUCUCCUUCUUCUCCAUGUUCGCCGAUUCCUGGGGCGGAAACUCCCUCUCUUUCGCAUUCGCCGGCGACAACCAAGGCUCCCGACGGCAAGGAAGAAAGCCGACACCAAUAUCGACCGGGGCUUUUGCGGCUCGCACGACAUAAGCGACCAUCGAACCCGCCGUCAGCUCCUUCUUCCUCUUCGACUCCAGCACCCCCUUUGGCGGUGAAGAGCUUCCUCGACGGCUAG